CUAUCUUUAGCUCUUCUUCUUCAAAGCCUUAAACACGUUUAACUUAAUUUUGUUGGUACGACCAGAAUUUAACUAAAAUACGCAGUUAAACGACAAGUAAACGAAAAACAAUGGACGAGUACUCAGUCGAACGCGUCGAGGGUAAGCGGAUGGUGAACGGGCGCAAGGAGUACUACCUGAAGUGGAAGGGUUAUCCUCGCAGCGAGAACACGUGGGAGCCGGUGGACCAUCUCGACUGCCCUCACCUUAUAGCCAACUACGAGGAGUCGCUGAAGAUCACCAAUAAGGAGGCCACUGUGUGCAUUCCCUCCACAACCGACUCCAUCCCGGUCCCCAAAGAGCGCAAGAAUCUGACUGGCUUUGAGCGCGGUCUGGAGCCAUUGAAGAUUCUGGGCGCCACCGAUGCGUCCGGCCAACUCAUGUUCCUGAUGAAGUGGAAGGGCUGCGACCACGCGGACCUAGUGUCCGCCAAGCUGGCCAAUAUUCGCUACCCCCAGAAGGUCAUCAAGUUCUACGAGGAGCGUCUCACCUGGUACGAUGGCAGCGAGGACGGCCAUGGCAACGGCGACUCCGUCAAUCUGGCCUCCUUCUCCGGGGGACUGGGCUCUGCCAGAGCCAGUGGCUCCGUCCAGGAUACUGCUCCCGACAACGUGAGCAACAUCGGUGGCGGCGACGAGGAGGAACCCGAAACUGCCCGUCCCGCCGGCACCAUCAACCAGGUGGAAACCGCCAAGCCGGAGGAGAGUUACGGGUUGAACAACGGCCAGCUGGACGCCGUUGACUAGUUCCGGAUGGCUGUUCCGGAUUUUCCCGCUUGUGUGCAUUGCAUACACGCCGUCUUAAUAAACAAACGAUAUAUACAUAGCCUAGACCUCGAUUGAUUGAUCGAUUGACUGAAGUUCCAGUGGAGAUCCGUUCCUCGCUGGUACAUACUUAAUCUAUAAGCAAGUUGUACGAUCAAAAUACAAAAUACAAUUGACC